GCAAGUUUCCCUUAUUCUUUCUCUUCUUCCUACGCUUUGUCCGCUCACCUCUUCGCCGUAGAAGGGGGAGAAAAAGAGGUUUUGUUCGCUCACCUCGGCCGCAGAAGGGGGAGAAAUUGAGGAUUUGGGCUCUUCUUCUCCGCUCUAUCCGGAACCCUAGGUUUCUACCUCUCUACCUCCUUCCUCCUCUCCCUUUACCAAUUCGUCUUCCCUGUGAUUUCGUUGCUUGAAUUUGUGGCCGACUUAUUCUUCUUAUUCUAUUGAUCGGCGAGAAAAAGCCAAAAAAAAAUCAUCUUUGAAUAUCUUUGUGUUAAAAUUUGAUGUGUUGAAGAAUUGAUUUGAUGAAAAGGUCAAGUCUUGAGGAUUUGUUGGGGUUGUUGGGAGUUAGAUCAGAUUAGUCUUGUUUCUUGUCGUUUGCUCGAUAGGUUUGAUCCUGUAUUCAGAUCUCUUUCUAUUUGGAAUCUGGUUCAAGAGGCUCAAUGAAAUUUUUGGGGCUGGUUUUUUGUUUGCUAUCCAAAAUCGAGGGUUUUCUUGGGGGUCCUGAACAUUAGGUUAGGUUAGAUCAAAAUUCUUUUGAUUCAGAAGGUGGAUUGAACGAUAGGAAAUUGAGGUGCUUUAGGGUCCUCGUUAGAGUGGGGAUGGCACUGAAUUUCUCAUCUUGUUCUAUCUUUUCUACCGCAUUCGUUACCGAUGAUGAGUUCUGCCGACCGAGAUGUGAGAGGAGCCAACCCUUUAGUUACCCUUUUUCGUCUGGCUGGGAAAAUGGAAAUGGUUAUGGCUGGGAUAGCGGGUCAACAGGCGUGGAUGGUGCUUGUGAUCCAGUCGAUCUGCUACCUGAUGACCCAUUUGGGAUGGGGAUCGAUGGUGCAUUAGCCAGUUUUCUCGAGGUCGGUGGUGGAGACUUGUAUGGGUGGGCUUUGUUGUGCUCGCCGGAAACUGAGAUUUACCAUGAUGGUUGGAUGGACGAACUUGAUGGUUGGGCGGAGGAGAGCUUCAUGGUGGCUUCUGUUCAUGAAGCCCAAGAUGGAAACUUGGAAUCUGCCUUGGAUAUGCAAAAAUCUUUAAACUCUGAUCGUGCAGCGGAAGCCCACUCUAGUGUGGAUGAGGGUCUUCCGCAUGAGGGACUGCUCUACUCGCUUGGGUAUUUGGGCAUUCAUGAUCUUCUCUCAGUGGAAGGGGUCUGCAGGUCCUUGCGUUUGGCUGUUCAGAAUGAUGCUCUCUUGUGGAGAUGUAUACAUAUUGAUUCUCUUUUGGGUGAGAAGAUAACAGAUGAUGUUCUGUUGCGGUUAACACAGAGAGCUCAAGGGAAUCUGCAGUGCUUGAGCCUGUCAGGUUGUUCAAGGAUUACAGAUGAUGGCGUGAAGUGUGUACUUGACAAUAAUCCAAAGCUGAAGAAGCUAAGUGUUGCUGGAUGUGUGAGACUAAGUCUUGAUGGGAUCAUAAAUAACCUAAAGGCUUUCCGAUCACAAGGUACACCAGGAAUAGAGCACCUCAAGCUUGGGAGGCUUUUCAGCAUAUCAGGAGAACAAUUUGGAGCGUUGAAGUUGUUGCUAGGCAUAGACCAACAUCAACAGGCCCAAGCUCAGAAGCCAAGGUUCUACCACACAAGUGACUCAUCUCUUGUUUGCGAUGACGACUGCAUCAUUGAUGUUGAAAUGUGCCCAGUGUGCCAGAAAUACAAACUCGUUUAUGACUGUCCUUCAGAGGGUUGUCAAGAAAAGGGUCCUAAGCACUGCAGGGCUUGUGACUUUUGCAUUGCCAGGUGUAUCCAGUGUGGGAAAUGCAUCAAGGAUUGCAUGUAUGUUGAGACAUUUUGUCUCGAAUAUCUAUGUUCAGGUUGUUGGAAGGAAGCACUCGCAGAACAUAGAAGCAAUGAAGAGAAGUGAAUUUGCUUUAAUAUAGUGUUAGUUGUUCAUUCAAUUUGUUCCUUAAUAAGAAUUUCAAAACCAGGUGUGAUUUUAUUCUUUAUCUGUAUUGGGUUUGGAGGCUUUGUACGUUUAUACCUUUUGGUGGAUCAGUAUUUGAUCUUCGUCAGUCUGGAAUUGGAGCAAUAUAUGGAAGAAAAAAUGAACCAUUAAUAAAGAGAUGAACUUGAAAAAAGGAAAAGGAAGUUGUUGACAUUAUACAGUGUUUCUUUAGUACAAUCAGCCAAAAAACAAUACAACCAUGAAGAUAAGAUGUGGAAGCUGAUUGCCAGUGAAUCAAUUGCAGCUCAACAUCAAUAUUACCUGUGUGUCAAAAUAUGUGUGCUAAUACGCCAGUGAACUGUGUCCAUGCUGAAAAUUAGAAGAUCAUCUCAGGUGGCUGUCAGAGGACACUCUUUCGUCAGCACAUCGGUUCGUGCUCUCUGCCCUAGCCAUGGAGAGCCGAGAGUUCAUCCUCCCAAUUCAGUAGAUUGCUAGGAGUGAUAUCUCAAGGAUUGCUGAUCCAUUUGGUAAGUAGUGUGGUAGUUGUUCUAUGCAAUUUCAUGUUGAAAAUGGUUUUCUGCAAAGCUGCACUAAAAAAAUGUCUUUGUGACUCCAAGAAUCCUUCUCUAGUGAUGGACUGUGAAUUUGAUUUCAUCUUAGCUGCACGCUGGAGUCAUCUAUACUCUCCAUUUUGGAGUUGCGAACAUUAUUUGUUGUCUUUAGAUUUGCAAUGACAAUGAUGAGUGCAGGGUGUACAGAAAUGGUUUCUUAA